AACAUAAAAAAAAACAAAACAAUAUUCUUUUUGGAGGGAAUCUGUAAACUUCCAUUUUAUUUUGUUUAUAAUAGUUCUUAUCAUCUUUUAAUAACAUAACGCUGGGGACAUUAUUGUUGAAAGUACAUACUUAUUUAAUUAACAAAAUGCCGCGUGGAAAAACAAAAUCAAUAGUCCACACCAAACAAGCUAAAUUAUCUAAAUCUACAAUAGAUUCGCGAGAAAAAAUGAAUCAAAUUAGUGUGAAAAAAGAAGUAGAAGAGGAAUCAGAACCUUUGCAGGAAUCCAGUUCUAGCAUUUCAGUUCCAGAUUUGAGCCACUUUAAAUUUGAAAAGAAACCACAUAUUAAAAUAGAGUAUGAAAAGGAUUCUCCUGUGAAAGAUGAAACUAAAGGUUUAUGGGAACCACCAAAUUGGAGGGAGUUCUUAGUAAAUCUAAGAAUUAUGAGAUCAAAUUAUGAUGCACCAGUUGAUACUAUGGGAUGUGAUAUGUCUAUGGAUGAGAAUGCACCACCUGAAGUGUAUAGAUACCAAAGUCUUAUUUCACUAAUGUUGUCCAGUCAAACCAAAGAUCAGGUUACCUUUGGAGCAAUGCUCCGUCUCAGAGAAAAAGGUCUCACUGUAGACAAUAUCUUAAAUAUGAGUGAAGAGGAACUAGGCAGGUUGAUAUAUCCAGUUAGUUUCUGGAAGACUAAAAUAAAAUAUAUAAAGAAGACAACACAAAUAUUGAAAGAUCAGUACAAUAGUGAUAUACCAGACUCAGUGGAAAAACUCUGUAAACUGUCUGGAGUUGGACCAAAAAUGGCACAUAUUUGUAUGAAAGUUGCUUGGAAUAAAAUAACUGGAAUAGGUGUUGAUACCCAUGUACAUCGAAUCAGUAAUAGGAUUGGAUGGGUUAGGAAACCUACAACUACUCCAGAAGACACACGUAAAGCUCUUGAAACUUGGGUACCAUUUGAAUCAUGGAGAGAAUUGAAUGGUCUCAUGGUAGGCUUUGGUCAAACUAUCUGUGUGCCUAUCAGUCCGAAAUGUGACGAAUGUUUGAAUAGAGACAUUUGUCCUUCAAGUGGCAAAGGUAGGAAAUCACCAAAAAAGAGAACACCUGUGAAACACAAUAGUAAUGAAGAUGAAGAGGUAAAUUUGAAACCUAAAAAGGAACAUAGUAUUAAGAAAGAAAUGCUUACAAAGGCAGAGAAGAAUGAUAAAACUGUGCUUGGAAUAGAUCAAUGCAAAGAAAAAAGUGUGAAAAUGAAGAAAAACUUAAAUUUUAAUACAGAUGAACUAGGAGAUAUAAAAGUAGACAAACCAAAUAUUAAAAUAGAACCUGCUGAAUGCCAUUUGCAAAAUAAAAAUGAAUAUUUAAAAGAUUCUACCAGAACAAAGAAAGUUUCAAAGAAAAAUACUACAACAGAUUCACUUCAUGAUGUUGAUAUGAAAAAUAGUAAAAUAAUCGAACAAUCAGCACUUAAUAUUGAUAAGAAAAAACUGUCAUUAAAAAGAAAAUCCCCAAAAAGCAAAAUUGACCAACAUUUGAAUGAAAAAACUGAAUUGCAUGGUAAGAAAACUAAAAGUACAACUAGGAAUUGACUUAAAUUUCUACUAAUGCAUUAAUUGUAUGUUGGUUGAUUUUGAUUUGUUAAUGUUAUAUUAAAUAUGUGUUAUGUUAAUGUUCCAUAAUGUUUAAGCAGUAGUAAGACUACAAAUAUCUCAUAAAGUGUUGAUUAAAAUAAUA